CGCCUCCCCCACCCCGUCCUUAAUCACAACAUGUCUUCCCAAAACCCAACCCAAAUAUUUGCUGAGGAUGUGAGCGAAGAGAGAGGAGAAAACGCGCGCCUGUCGGCCUUCGUGGGUGCUAUCGCUGUUGGCGACCUUGUGAAGAGCACUCUGGGGCCCAAGGGAAUGGACAAGAUAUUACAGUCGGCCUCGACCGGCGAGAUCAUGGUCACCAACGACGGAGCUACUAUUCUCAAAGCCAUCGCCCUCGACAACGCCGCCGCAAAGGUCUUGGUCAACAUUUCGAAAGUACAGGAUGACGAGGUCGGUGAUGGCACAACAUCGGUCACUGUACUAGCCGCAGAGCUCCUCCGAGAAGCAGAGAAACUCGUCGAACAGAAGAUCCACCCACAAACGGUCAUCGAGGGCUACCGGAUAGCAAGUCAAGCUGCCCUACAAGCUCUGGCGAAGACGGCGGUCGAUAACAGUGGUGACGAGAAGGCUUUUAGACAAGGCCUCGAGGCUAUUGCGCGGACGACGCUGAGCUCCAAGGUACUUAGCCAGGACCGGACACAAUUCGCGAAGCUUGCUGUGGAUGCAGUUCUGCGAAUGAAGGGCUCUACCGACCUCACGCACAUUCAAAUCAUCAAGAAAGCAGGAGGCAAACUGAAGGACUCAUAUCUGGAUGACGGUUUCAUUCUCGACAAGAAGUUUGGUGUCAAUCAGCCCAAGCGGAUAGAGAACGCCAAAAUCCUUGUUGCGAACACAGCUAUGGACACGGAUAAGAUCAAGAUAUUCGGCGCAAGGGUGAAGGUCGACUCGACCGGAAAGCUUGCAGAGCUCGAGAAGGCAGAGCGGGAAAAGAUGAAGGCCAAGGUCGAGCGCAUCAAGGCACACGGUAUCAACUGCUUCGUUAACCGACAAUUGAUCUACAACUGGCCCGAGCAGCUGUUUGCGGAUUCAGGCAUUAGCUCCAUCGAGCAUGCCGAUUUCGAUGGAGUUGAACGGUUAGCGUUGGUCACCGGAGGAGAGAUUACCUCUACUUUCGACCACCCGGAGAACGUUAAACUUGGACACUGCGAUCUGAUUGAAGAGGUCAUCAUCGGAGAGGAUGCUUUGAUUAGAUUUUCGGGUGUUGCAGCUGGAAGGGCGUGUACCGUCGUCCUCCGCGGUGCGACUGAGCAGCUUCUUGACGAAGCUGAACGUUCGCUCCACGAUGCUUUGGCUGUCCUGUCCCAGACAGUCAAGGAGCCCAAGAUGACUCUUGGUGGUGGAUGUGCAGAGAUGGUCAUGGCCAAGGCCGUGGCCGAGGCGGCACAGAACGUCGAUGGCAAGAAGGCUAUCGCGGUCGAGUCUUUUGCUAAAGCUCUACAGCAAUUGCCCACCAUUCUUGCAGACAACGCCGGUCUGGACUCGAGCGACCUCGUCACUAGACUGCGAAAGUCCGUCUACUCUGGAUUAACGAGCUCAGGUCUUGACCUGCUGACGCCGGGCGGAGGCAUCGCUGACAUGCGGGAGUUGGGUGUUAUCGAGAGCUACAAGUUGAAGAAGGCGGUUGUUUCGUCUGCUUCAGAGGCGGCUGAGUUAUUGCUUCGCGUAGACAACAUCAUCCGCAGCGCCCCGAGGAGGCGGGAACGGAUGUAAAUGGUGAUGGCAUUCGAU